AUGUGCGCGUACAAUGGUCCUCGCAAUGAUUCCACGCGGCCGAUGGACCCGUCACUCAAGCCCCCAGAGCACGUGUUUGAGGCCGAAUUUUUACUUUACAUUCUGCUGCGCACGUUUCAUUCGAAGUAUCGCGACUGUCUUAGCCCCGAUCAACUUUGUGCCCAACACACAUUGCUCAAACUUCGCUCCGGGCAACGCAACCUCGUACUCGAACAUUUGAUGUCACGAUAUGCUACAGCAUUAGAUGUUCUGUUCUUUUCGGGUUUCUUGUUUAGGCCUACACGGCGUCGUGUCUGCUGUGGUUACAAACCCCCGGUUAAUUGUCCGAUCAGCAAGAUAUUGAUCAUGGAGGAACAGCCCAAACUCAAGCGCGACCAAGUUUUCACAGAGCUUGAAGGUGAAUGGAUCGAUAUCGAGGUGCCUCGAACAGCAUCUCCUGGUGUACACAUGCGCUCCUCUCACAAAACUAGAGCAGUGAAAGCCCGUGGAAAACGGCAUGUCAGCUGCUCAAGAGGCAUAGACCUGGGUAGAUAUAACGCCGAAACCCGGGAAAUUAUCAUCUUCAAGAAGUGCGAGGGUCAGCACCUCACGUACGACGAGAUGCUCCUGACACUUGUACACGAGAUGGUCCAUGCAUUCCUCGACUCCUUUGCGGACUACGAUUCGCGGACUUACAAGAAAGCUAUCAUGGCGAACGAGUGGCAUGGAACGGUUUUCCGUCAGCUGAAUGGCGCUAUAAUGAGGGAAAUCGGCCUAUUGCUCCCCAACCUGGAUGUUUCGAGCCUCGGCGUCAUGCCUCACGAGAUCAUCAUGAAAGAGUGGUGGAGUGGCUAUCCGAGGGUGAAAAAGCGCUUCAUAGACGCUGAGAAGCGAUGGCAACGAUACACUUCUCGCGAUGCCAAACCAACCAAACCUCCCAAGGCGAAUGGGAAAAAGAGGAGCGUAGCAAUGGUCAAUCCAUUCGAGCCGCUUCCGCUCAUGUCUCACGAACUAGCGCUGGUUACUCCGUCAUCCGCGUAUGCGCGUUUGUCGGACAGCGGCAAGAACAUGCGUUGUCACGCAAAGAGAAACGAUUUAAGUGUAUCUCGUACGAUCGAAACACGGCGGCUUCGAAUCAUGAUUCAGAUACGGGAACUUGCGUCACACAAGUCGACCGAAGAGGGAGUCAGAGAAAGAGGACUCGUGCAUUUGUAG